AUGACAGAAGUACAGCCGAGGCACGGAGGCGAACAUCACUAUGUCAAUGUCAAGUAUGGCUACAUCGUCUUUGGAAUCACUAUUGUGCAAAUUGCAUACCUCAUCAUUUUCAAGUUUGUUUAUAUUCAACAAUGGAAACGAUCGGGAUUAUACAAUGGUAAACUCUCGUUCCUCGCAAACCCACCAACAUGGUUAAUCAUACUAAUAUGGUCAGUGAUUAUAGUUAUUCUUGGACAAAGCCAUAUCAGUGAAUUUCUGGAAAAUUACACCACCGUAGCAAAACGACUAGGGAGAUUGGCAUAUGCAUUGAUUCCAUUGAAUAUCUACCUUAUUCUCAGGUUCCCCAACGCAUUCAAUUGGAAUUGCGGAUACUAUUUGCAAAACUUAAACUUGCACAAGUGGUUAUCGAGACUCAUAUUCAUCCUUUCCCUUGUACACGCGGCAGGGUUCACUUAUAAAUGGAUACACCAGGGAACAUUGGUGAAGUUUGUAAAGUUUUGGAACUUUUUGGGUAUUGUGGUGCUCGUACCCUUUAUCAUAUUAAUUCCACUCUCAAUUAGAUUGAUGAGGAGGAAAUGGUACUCGGGUUUUUACAUCACUCACAAUAUUACAGCAUGGCUUAUGGUUGUUUUAAUCACACUCCAUGCAAGACCCGGUGUCUUGUUCUUUGCAAUUACUAGCUUGGUGUUGCUAGCUAUGCAAUUGUACUUGAGAUUUGUUGCAGCAUACAAAAUCAACUCAGAAGGUUCACUUAAAAUAAUCAAUGUUCCAUCAUCGAGUUUGCAAAUUGUCAAAAUCCCUUUGCCAACACAGAAUUUCCCAGUAUGGUCACCUGGAAGUCAUAUAAGAAUCAAUUAUUCGUAUGCAAACAUCAAAAGCUGGAUAGGACCAACACACCCUUUUACUUUAUCCUCGACUUAUGAAGACCAAAACAAGUUUUUAUUGUUGAUCAUGAGAAAAACAGCAAAUUUCCAAUUUAAACCAGAAAAAACAUAUUUGCUUACUGGUCCAUACCCGGCACUUCCAGCACCCUUUUUCAGUACCCUGCAGGUGGUGAAUAUAUUAUGCGGUGGCUCAGGCAUAUCUUUCGGGUUACCACUUUUCCAAUACUUUAAAUCCACAUCACCAAACACCGUAAUAAAUUUAGUUUGGUCAGUGCGAAACAAGGCAGAUUUAUUUAUUCGAAACAGCGUGGACUUGACAGAUGUUCAAGUUUACGUCACAUCGACCAUAGAUGAAGGCGAAACUGAUGAAAAUGUCAACUCGACGCAGUUUGUAGUGGAAGACGAACACGAUGAAGAGAAUUAUGGAUUGCUCAAUAAUGAUAAUAACGAUAAUAAUAAUAAUGAAGAAGAAGUAGUAGAAGAAGAACAACAGCAAGAAGGAAUAGAGUUGCACACAUUACACAAACAGUCCAGUGGCACUGAUGCAUCAACUACAAGUAAGGAAGGUACGAAGCUGCUUAAAGUUGGCGAGAAUUACUGGCUUGGAAGACCGAAAUUAGAUGAAGUGUUUGCACUUCACAAUCCUACAUUGACACAUGAUCCAAAAUGCAGUUGGGUAGUUGCGUGUGGUCCAGAUGGGCUUAUAAAGGAUGCUAAAACGUGGGCCAAAGACCACAAUUACCAAUUCUUUUCUGAAAAGUAUGAAAUGUAG